AUGUCAGACUUGAACCCCAAAGUCGCUGCUCUCACAGCCCGUCUGACACAACCCAUUCCCUCCGGGUCUAACCGUCACGAUGACGACCGUUCAGAUGAUGACGAGGAGGAGCUAUUUGCGCAACUGGAGGCCGAGAUCGAGAACGACUCUAACGUUGGGUUGCGAGAGCAAGGCAUGGAUCGACUGAAGCGAGAGAUGGAGAAACUCAAGAGCAUGAGGGAAAGCGGACACGGUCGUUAUGACGAGAUUACGGACGAACAAGAAGUCAUUCGAACCAGCGCAAGGGAACCUCGCUGUAUAAUUCAUUUUUACCACAGCAACUUCCACCGGUGUCUGAUCAUGGACAAGCACCUCGCAAAACUAGCACCUAAAUAUUUCGGAACGCGUUUCAUUCGUGUCUUUGUCGAGAAUGUGCCUUGGCUGGUAGAAAAGCUCGGUGUCAAAGUGUUGCCGUGCGUGAUCUGCUUCGUUGACGGAGUUUCCAAAGAUCGAGUGAUUGGAUUUGAAGAUUUGGGAAAUGGAGAUCAAUUCGAGACUGCAACCUUGGAAUGGCGUCUCGGAACCAGCGGUGUGUUGCAGAAGGAGGACCGAAGCAGUUCAGACAUUGUGUACGGUGCAAAACCAGCCUUGCGGCAGCAAAUUCGUGGACAGCGGGAUGACGAUUCAGACUUCGACUUGGAUGAUUGA